UCCUUCGAAACAAGGGGCAUGGAGCAAUUCCAAAGAAAGGAUCAAAAUAACCGAUAUAAUGGAUUCCUGUUUAUUGUGUUUAGAAUUAAAUAAAGAUUUUGUAGAUUACAUAGAGGCAAAUACAUUGCGAUGGCAAACACUUAACAUAACAAAAGUCCUAGAGCAGCAUUUCUGGCCACUGAGUACCAUUCAUCCGAGUUCAUGGAUGUGUUUAUCUUGCUGGAAAGAGUUGGAGGACUUUCACAAAUUCUACUUGCGCAUAGAAGAGGCUCAUAUAAACUUUGGAAAAAUAAAAGUUGAGAAGGUGUUUAAAGAUGAAAUACCCUGUAAAGAAAAUGAAAAUUUUACUUAUUGUUUUCUCGAGCCGGAAAUUAUAAUAGAUCAGAAUGCUGUUCAAGAUUUUAUAGACGACAAGGAAUUAGCUAUAAAACCUAAUAAGGAUAAUAAUGAUUUAGCUGAAAAUAAUUUGUUAAACAAUGAUCCAUUAGAAAAAACUAAAUUUACCAAAACAAGAAACGCUAAAAAAUCAGAAACAAAAUUACAGGAACAGAAUGUCCGAGAAAAACCUAAAGUUAAUUUAGAACCAGGCGAUUCUUCUGAUAAUGAUGAUUCUGAUAGUGUAAGUGAUUAUGAAAAGGCCUAUGAUAGCCAACAAUCUGAUAGAAAUGUCUCAGAUAGUGUUAAAAACAAAGACCGCACAAAUCGCAAAGAAACCGAUACAUUUAUAGCAGAACAUUUUGAACAAAUGCUGUGCGACCUUUGUGACCUACCAUUUGAAAAUUUUAGCGCCAUGCGGAAACACUUUUCAACAGUGCAUGAUCGAAAGGGUUAUCUUGUUUGUUGCACCAGAAAAUUCUACCAACGCAAUCAUUUAGCUGAUCACCUACAUUGUCACUUGAAUCCAGAUCACUUUAAAUGUUCCCAAUGCGGCAAGGUCCUGUCCGAUCGAAAGAAUUUUAAAAGUCAUAUGUUGCGUGUUCAUAGACCAAACGAUGUUGUUUUGAAACAUUCUUGCGAUAUCUGUGGUAAAUCUUUUACACAAGGCUAUGUAUUGCGCACCCAUAAAUUAACGCAUUUGCCCAAAGAAGAAAAAAAGUUUCCCUGUACAGAAUGUGGUAAAUUUUACGGCAAUUCCUACUUAUUGAAAAUACACACGGAAGUAGUACACCUAAAGAAACAGGCUAAAGUCUGUUAUAUUUGUGGCAAAACAUUAGGCACUAGCACUGAAUAUAAAGCUCACAUGAACAAACAUGAAGGCAUUCCUGCUCCCCUUAUCAAUUGUGAUGUGUGUGGUUUACGUCUGACCAGUGAAAGAAGUCUUAAGCUGCAUAAAGAAUCUCAGCAUCCGGUGGGAGGCAAACAACAACAUCCCUGCCCUGUAUGCCACAAAAUAUCACCUACAGCAAGGGCACUUAAAAAACAUGUAAAUACAAUGCAUGAAAAAGGCUACGAUCACAAAUGCAGCAUGUGUGAAAAGGCAUUUAGGAGGGCAGAAGCUCUUAAGGAACAUAUUGCUUCACAACAUACAGGCACAACGUUGUAUACAUGUCCCUGGUGCCCAAAGACGUUCAAUUCGAAUGGCAAUAUGCAUGCUCAUCGUAAAAAUUUUCAUCCUAAAGAAUCCUUAGAGUUAAAACUACAAAGAUAUUCACAAAAUAUACAAAUAGAAAAAAGUUAA